UCAAAUAUAAAAUAUCCACAGAGAAUAUUUUUCGACCUUAUCAACUAACAAUAAACAAACCGGAGAGAGGCGCCAUUUUUGCCUCCAUUUUGGCAGCAACCUUUAUCGCCAUUGGUUGGUAGUUAUUCACUUUUGUUGUACGAUAAAGUACUGUCAGCUGGCACUGUGUGUUUCGUAAAUUAAAACCACUGUUUUUGUUGUUAAUAACACUGUAAAAAUGCACGUGAGAAUAAGAACUUUUGGUAAACCAGAUAGUGUUGUUGUUGUUGAAUCAAAGUUGACGAAGAUUGAAAAGUUUCGACGAAUAAUAAGUGAGAAGUUUGACAUUGAACCGAAGUCACAACGGUUGUUUUACGGCGGGAAACUGCUCGAAGACGGUUAUACAUUCCAUGACUACAACAUUAAAUUGAACGACGUCAUUCAGCUUAUGAUUAAAGUGCAACCCGUUGACAGCACAGAAACAGAAACCCAAAAGGUAAAUCAUGAACAAAAUAAUAAAACAAAAAGUAAUUCAAAAGUCUACCAAGAUGCAGAAAGUGAUUUAUAUUUAGUAGGAGAUUUAGUGGACACAAAGGAUAAAGAACAAGGUACAUGGUUAGAAGGAAAAAUAAUUCAAAUAGUCUAUGAUCCUGAAACUCUCAGUACCAAUGUAAGUCAUGAAAACAGGACGAAUGGAGACACAGAAGGAACUUCUGUCAAAGAAGAUGACCAUAACGAUGAACCAUCAAUAAUUCAAAAUGAUAAAAACGCCAAAGUCACGAAAGCAAGUAUUACUAAUUUUUUCAGUACACGUUCCAGAACGAAAAAACAAAAUGGGCACAAAUCGAGUGAAUCUAAUGAACUUAAGCCUGAUAGGUCCGUUUUGUACAAAAUACAAUUAGACGACGAUGAAGAGGAUUCAGAUUUAUACUGUACAGAAAAAGAAAUAAGGCCUCGAGCGCGUACUGUUUUGGAAAUAAAGGAUCUGAAAAUAGGUCAGAAGAUCAUGGUUAACUACAAUACAGAUGAACCGUUAGAAAAAGGAUAUUGGUAUGACUUCAAGGUAGAAGAGAUAAAAAAAAUAGCUUCCGGCCAUGAAUUGGUGGGCACCUUAUACCUAGGUGCGGAUUCAGUACCACAAAAUGAAACCAAAGUAAGAGUGCUUGAUAAAAUAUUUGCCAUUGAGGAGGUUGUACCUGUUAAAGAAAGAACUAAACAGUAUACCACUAUGAUGAAAACUCAACCUGAAAAAAGAUCACACGCAUUAAAUUGUUUAACAUGCCGCGAUGACGACAACAUGCCCUGCAAGGAUUGUGGCUGCUGCGUAUGCUUAGGGAAGAAGAACCCAGAAACAAUCGUGCUGUGCGACGAGUGCGAUCUGGGUUAUCACAUGACAUGUCUGCGGCCGCCGCUAACCGAAUUACCUGAUGACGACUGGUACUGUCCCAGUUGCGCACGAGAUACAGCAGCUGUUGUCGCGCCUGGUGCUGCACGCCAGCAGCGCAAACAGGCUCGUUCAAAUCGUGAUUGGGGACGAGGUAUGGCCUGCGUUGGAAAAACCAAGACUUGUACGAUGCCACCAAAUCACUUCGGUCCAAUCCCUGGAAUAGAAGUGGGCAUGUGUUGGAGGUUUAGAAUUCAACUCUCAGAGACUGGUGUACAUCGACCCCCAGUCUCUGGUAUACAUGGACGGGAUGUUGAGGGUGCGUACAGUAUUGUAUUAUCUGGCGGUUAUGAAGACGAUGUCGAUAACGGCAACGAGUUUACUUACACAGGCAGUGGUGGGCGCGAUCUAUCAGGCAACAAGCGUACGGCAGAACAGUCAUGUGACCAAACGCUCACACGUGAAAAUAAAGCACUGGCGCGCAACUGUGCUGCUGGCGAAGUAUCUGAAAAAGGCGGAGACGCAGGUGACGCAUGGCGAAACGGUAAACCUGUUCGUGUGGUUCGUUCGUAUAAAAUGUUGCGCCACUUCCCUAAGUACGCCCCAAGUGAGGGUAUCAGAUACGAUGGAAUCUAUAAAGUUGUGAAAUAUUAUCCAGAAAAGGGCCUAUCCGGAUUUAGAGUAUGGAAGUAUUUACUUCGUAGAGACGACCCGAACCCAGCGCCGUGGGAACCUAAUGCCAAGCAAUAUUCUAUCAUUUACCCUGACGGUUAUUUAGAAGCUGAAGCAGAAAAAAAGAAAUUAAAAGAGAAAAAGUCGAAAGGUAACAAAGGUAGCAAGAAGCAAGCAAGAGAGCCUAAUAAUUCAUCAGAUUCUGAUUGUAAGGUUUCGCCGCCCAAGAAGAAACGUAAAGUAUCAAACGAAAAACUGAAUACUGAAAAAAGUGAUGAUCCAAAGAAAAGUCCAAAGAAAAAAAUACCAAGUAUUUUUAAUGUUAAAAGUCCAAAUACCAAAAAUACAAAAAUAAACAGCAACCUACUGACACCAGAAGAGCAGGAUGCCAUCGAGGCGGAUACUUUGAACAGUAAAUUGUGGAAAGAAUGCCUUACCGUAUGCCAUGAAAGCGGUAAAAAAGAGUUUAUCGAGCAAGUUACGCAAGCUUUCCUCUGUAUUAUUUGUCAAGACGUAGCGGUUAACCCCAUCACCACACCUUGCUGUCACAACUUCUGUCUAGGGUGCCUGAAGCUGGCAUUCAAGAGCAACGCAAAGUGCUGCCCAUGUUGCCGACGUGGUCUCCAGGAGCCUCCGUCUUCGGAGAAUGUUAAUGAACAACUACGUGCUGCGCUACGAGCCGUCAUGCCUGGUUACGACGCUGGCAAGAAGUAACUUUGUCCCACUACUCUAUAAGUUGUUAACAAUAAACUUAAUAAACUGUUUUGCCGAAAAA